AUGCUAAGACUAAUGCUACCACCGCUGCCGCCGACUCCGCCCCACCAUCAUCAACAACAACAACAAGAAAUGCAACUGCCGACAAAAGAACUCAUGCCCGCUCAACGGAACUGCCUUCAGCCUGCUGUCAUCUACCAAGCUACUGUCACACGAAAAAGACACCAACCGACAGAAACGUACAUCGGGCUUACUGCGAACGACUUCAAAACAAGAUACAGCAACCACAUGUCAUCAUUCCGUCACGCAAAGAACAGAAACUCCACUGAACUCAGCAAACACGUCUGGACUCUUAAAGAAAACAACAUCAACUACUCUAUCGCCUGGCGCAUUCUAUCUUCACACCUGCCGUACAACAGCUCAAGCAAACGAUGCAACUUAUGUCUUAAAGAAAAAUUCCUUAUCAUCUGCCGACCUGAACUCUCUACACUUAACAAACGUAAUGAACUCGUGUCUUCCUGCCGCCACAGAAACAAAGCCCUCUUGCGCAACAACUGA